UAAGCUUCCUGUGACUAAAUAAAGCUAAGAGCAGGGUGUUUCCUUGACACUAGAAGUGAACAUCAUGGCAAUGAACACUAUGCUCUCGUCGGCAAGCAGGCUUGCCCUUGGAGACGCCCGGGUAUUGAUGCAGCGUGUCACUGCACGUCUCUACACAAGCUCGCCCCAGGUCCAGAUGGGAUUUGGCAGUCAUUCCUCAGACAACGACCCGGAAGUUCUGGACAGGGAAAAGGAAAGGAACCUGAAAGGUCACCCCACUACAGGCACGCCGAAGUCUGCCGUGAAAGAUUUGGAGGAGGGCUGGAACGAGAAACUGGCAUCGGACUCAGAAGCAGCAGUGAAAGCUGAGCGCCAUCACAAUGGAAGCGAGUCGAUAGAGGAUCUGCAGAAAAAAUCUGUUCACCACAUCCGGACAGAGCACCACGAGGAAGAGCAUGUGGUGGGGAGCGUGGCCCCCAAGUAGUGUGCCCUAUAAAGGGCUGGGCACGUUCUGAGGAUCGUUCCCACCCUACAAGCAGCAAGGAUGUGCACCUACGUCAUUUGAAGGAUGUAGAUGUGCCAGCAACCCUGUAAUCCUUUGAGGGAAACACAAAGAAUGUCAUCAUCGCUUGUGUAACUGUCAAGGUCCCAACAGGCCAUCCUUAUAACCUGCUGCACGAAGCUGGUUGGGUGGAUGGCUGGUCUACAGCCCUCAAAUAGUGCGUACAUGGUGCACACAUGAACGCUCAUGGUUGACUUGUCUGCUAGAGGGACGAAAGGGCUGUGCAUAUGUGCAGGUAUUUGGGUUCACAAGUAGACUGAGUAAGGUUUAUAUGUACAGUAUCAAAGCCUGCUGUAAUCUGAAGUAGUUCAAUUGGUGUGCACCCACUUAUGCUGGCUGUGCUCUUUCCCUCAGAAACGGGGCAGCUCUGGUUUGCUGAUGCAUCUUGGAUUGCAGACUCAACUCCAAAUGGAUCUUGCUCAGUGAGCUGACAUUGUACUGGACUAGAGAGAUCAUGGCAGCCUCUACGGUAGCUUGGGAGACAGCACAUUUGCGUGGUAGGUUGCGUAUGCACACACUGGGCAAGAAAGGCUUCCGCAGUGAAGGGAGCAUGACCAAUUGGGUGUAUCCUCAGCAAAUUUAUAUAGAUUAUGUGAAGGCUGGCAUGCAUGUGGAACAUGCUGAAUUUAAGUGUGUGGUGCAUGUGUCUGUCAGUGAAUAAUCAUAGAAAUUUGAAAGAUCUUUUGUGCUGGUUCAGGUUCAAGUCUCGCAUCCCAAGCUUACCGAUUCACUCAAUAGUUUACAGAUCAGGCCAGGAAAUAUAAAGAUGUCCACACCAGGAUAUUGCAGAGAUACUUCUGCUUAGCACUCAGAAGGGGCAUGGUUUAACAUCAAUGUUCAAUUAUUGAUCACUCUUGAAGACAGCACCCCUAAACAAGGAAGCGUGGAUUGCCCAUGACAUGAGGCCUCUCUGGCCUAAGGUGCUGCCACAGAUUAGCACAACUCCCUCAUAGAGAACAUGCCAUGACAAGAACAUGCCCAAGAAAAAGACCCGCAUAUAUGGUGGAUUUGGCUACUGCAUCACCCCUGGAACCUUCCCCCUGGCAUAUCAUAAAGUGCUGCUCAAGUCCCCAUCUACUUACCAGGACGACUCUACUGCAUUCUUGCUACCUAACAGACAGAACGUCUAGAUAAACGUGCAGUUCAAUGACCUUGACCAUGUGCACUUUGUUUCUGUUUGGGGACUCAAUUGAGUCCCCAAACAAAACAACAUUGUCAGGCAACCAUGGGCAUGCCGUCACGUGAGAUAUGAGCCGAGACACAUACAGAGAACCUUUCGAUUUGUCCAUCCUGGAGUUCAUCCAGUCUGUAAUACAUCUGGACAAGUGCAGAUGGUGCUGUGGGGCUGAAGUCACUCCACCACACAUCAACUCGCUGUUGGUGUAAAUGCAUGGAGCAACAUCAGGCUCCAGACAGACUGGCGCUCUCACUGGUGCUGGCUCUCAUAGAGGGUCCAUUUGCGUUUCCGGGCGCACUCGUUCAUGGUGAGCUCUGACUGCAGGAAAUACAUCCCAAAUGCCGGGCUGACAAUCAGUGCGGUCUUGCCGCUGACUCCCAGGGAUGACCUGAACGCUGGCAGGUAUUGAUUUGCCAGGAAUACUAAUGUCCCUGCAGUAGCCAACGCCCAGCCGGCAGCCUUGCCACCAGCCACUAGACUCUGUUGAACACAGUCUUGUUGUGUCUGCUUGCGAAGCUCCUCCAGAGCCUUCUCCUU